AUGUCUGGCUGGCUCAACAAACUCACCACAAAGGAUGGCAAACUCGCAGCCACGACCAAUGGGCGCACCUCGAAGAAUGGCUCGCGCAGCAUUACACCUUCACCAAGUCUCCCAAGGAUUGCACUUCCAACUGAUACACCGUCGACGCCAAAGCUCGUGCUGACGCAAGAAGAUGAUUCGGCGUCCCCAAUGACGGUGUCGCCAACGAGCGUGCACCGAGCAGACUCGAUGUCGCCGUCCGUGGACAGCUUGAGUCGUAAUUCGGAUACGAGUCAUCGGAGAUAUGCCACAGUAUCAAACGACGAGAUUCCCGGGAGGAAUCCACCCCAGUCCGAGGCAAAGCCUCCUGCGUCGACAGCGAAAACGCAGCGUUCGCGCACAAAUUCGACAGUCGAGCCGGCUGCUGAACCUACGAUUCCCAUGACUGAGUCUCCCACUCAGUCGAUUACCUCGCGCCGGAGUGGUUCGAUUGCCUCUGGCGAGUCUGGUCAGUUUCAGUCCCUGCAACAGCUCGUGGAUUCGCCCCCACCUAUUCGCCAACGUGUGGUCUCUGUCGACGCAACCACAGCACCAGGGCCAGACAGGGACCUCACUGGUUCACCUGGAAAGAAGCGACGCACCGGCCGUCAGCACGCGUCCUCUGUAGGUGCCGCCUCACAGUCGUCUUCCAAAGCAAAGCCACCAACGCGUCAUCAAACGACCAUGGGCAUGGGUCUCGCCAGUGCGCUCGUCGCAUCUGGCAUGGGCAUCGCACCCCCUCCAAACAUGCUUGUCUCUCCCUCGGGAACUCUGGCACCCCCGAUGCUCAACAAAAAGCCAUCGAAUGUGUCAGUCUCCAAUAUUCCAAACGGACGGGUUUCGCCCGAAAGAACCAGGGUGAUCCGGUCGCGUGGCCGCUCUACCUCUUCACGACCCACCAACGACGACUCGGGAGACGACUCUGAAGAUUACGAUUCAGAGGACGCACUGAGCUUCAACGAUGACGAGAUACCAAUCACAGGCUUUGCCGUGGCUACGAUGAAACGCAAUCAAGACUUUCACGAGCUCUUUCCACAGGUCCCUGCGGAUGACUAUCUUAUCGAUGAUUAUGGAUGUGCAUUACAGAGAGAUAUCCUAAUCCAGGGCCGACUCUACGUUUCCGAAAACCACAUUUGCUUUCACGCCAACAUCUUUGGCUGGGUGACGGACCUCAUCAUCCCCGUUAGCGGAGUCAAGGCUGUGGAGAAGAAGAUGACGGCCUUUGUGAUUCCCAAUGCUAUUGGGAUUACUGAGCACUCGAACAAGUAUACAUUUGCAAGUUUCCUGGCGCGUGAUACCGCAUACGAUGUCAUCUACAGUGUGUGGCGCAACGGUGGCAACUCGCGAUCCGAUCUAAACUCUCCCGGAUCCGAACAGGCACCCGGCCAAGAGAACAAUCUGGGCGCUGCAGCUGUGGGGACUGCCAAGCGUAAAGCGACGCAGUGUGCAUGCGGCAAAGCUGGCAUUCACUACCCAAAUACCGCCAUGGAGGCGAUCGUACCGGGGACCCCUGAACAAAUUUACAAUCUCAUGUUUGCUAGUGGUUUCAUCAAAGAUUUCUUAGCUCAAGAUCAACAUCUAAUUGAUAUCCAAACAUCUGACUGGCAACCUUCUCCCGAGAAUCAACACUUGCUGUCGAGAAACAUGUCGUACAUCAAGCCUCUCUCUGGUGGAUUCGGGCCAAAGCAGACGAAAUGCGAACUACGGGAUGAGAACCAGCACGUCGAUUACAAUGACUACGCCAGUACAAUUACGACGACGAGAACUCCCGACGUUCCGAGUGGUGGUGUAUUUUCUGUCAAAACGCGGACCUGCAUCAUGUGGGCUGGACCAAGCACGACCAAGAUUGUGGUCACCUUCACUGUCGAAUGGACUGGCAAAAGCUUUAUCAAGGGCAUCAUCGAAAAGUCGUGCGGUGAUGGUCAAAAGACAUACUAUUCCGACCUCGAAACUGCCAUGCGCAAGUACAUCUCGGAGCACCGGACGGAAUUCAUCCCAGAGGGCGUCGACGCAGAUGCGGUCGAAGAGGCGCAGGCCGAGGAAGCGGCUCUCAACGCAUCGACACCAAAGGAUGGUGGACUACAACCCACUGGACCAAAGCCUGUGGCGACUUCGCGCGGCUUGCAAUGGGCGCUCGACACAUUUGAAGCCGCGUCCAAGGUGACAACUGACUCCAUCUCUGGUCUGUUCGACAUUAUUUCGGACCUCAUCGGCGGUUUCUCGUUCUCAAGAACCUCGGUGCUGAGUAUUAUCAUCGCGCUGCUGGUCGCGAGCAACAUCUAUACCAUUUUGACCGUUGGAGAGCGAAGAGAGACAGGCAAACGACAAGUUGAGGAAAGGAGGGAGACUGAACGUGAAAGAUGGGUAGGCGACGCUGUCAAAGCGUUUAUGGAAGCCCAACAGAGCAUGAAUGGGACGCCAACAUCGACCGCGGCAUAA